AUACCAUGCAGCCAUACUUGAACACUUUACACUGAAGCACUCCAGAGAAACCUUCCCAGAACAGCAUCAUGAUCAUCUCCGCGCUUUUGCUAGUCACACUGUUACCAUCUCUGAGCCUUCAAGCAUCUGUGGAUGUAGGUAUAGUGAACGGUACGGAAGCCAAACCUCAUUCAAGACCCUACAUGGUCUCCAUUCAAAGAAAUAACAAACACAAAUGCGGUGGCUUCCUUGUGUCUGAACAGUUUGUCAUGACGGCUGCACACUGCUUUACAGAAGGAGAGAAGCUGACAGUUGUGGUUGGAGCUCAUGACCAUAAUCAUGGUACUAGCCGCAUUGAAGUCAAGUUCUACCACAUCUACCCUGGGUAUGAGUCUAAGAGUCUACUAAAUGACAUCAUGCUACUUCAGCUGCAUUUUAAAGUCAACAAGACCAACAAAGUUGACUGGAUCUCCAUACCAAAGAAAGAUAAGGACAUCAAGGCCAAGGCCCAAUGCAGUGUUGCCGGAUGGGGGAAAUUAACCACCAAUGGUCCAGCAAGUGAUAAACUUAUGGAGGCUGAUGUCACAAUCUUUGAUAAAAAAGCAUGUCAAAAGUACUGGGGGAAGCAAUACUCCACCUCAAGGAUGGUGUGCGCAGGGGGUCGUGGAGGAUUUUGUCAGGGUGAUUCUGGAGGACCUUUGGUGUGUAAAAAUGUUGCAGUUGGUGUUGUUUCAUUCAAUCAGCCAAAGAAAUGUAACUCACCUACAUUACCCAAUGUCUACACCAAGAUUUCCAAAUUUCUGCCUUGGAUAAAAUGUAUUUUGGGAAGUGUGAAGCAAAAUCUUGAUUAAUAAACAUUUUAUUUUCUAACAACAUA